AUGAAUUCGCGUAUCAACUUCACGCCCGAGAUCGAGCAGUUCAUCAACAAUGGCAUCAACAUGCACUACUCCGGCGAGAUCAUGUACAACUACCUCGCCAGCAUUUGCAUCUAUGACAACAUUUCGAUGCCCUGUUUCGGCGAGUUCCUGCGCCUCUGCGCCAUGCGCAUGCGCCACACCGCCGAGCUGAUGACCAAGUUCCAACUGAUCCGAGGCGGACAAUGGCAGCUGCCAGAGAGCCUGAAGCCACUGGUCUCGCUGCCCGUGGUCAGCCAGAACGAGAAGGACGUGAACAACGUGAUGCGCCGUCUAGUUGAGUUGGCUCUGGAGGCGGAGCGCAAGACGGAGAGGUACCUGCGCGAACUCUGCCAGGCGGCGAGCAGCAAGCAGGACAUCGACACCUGCGGUUUCGUGCAGACCACUCUGAUCAAGCAGCAGCGCUUCAUCCUCAAGGCCAUGGUCAUGCACCAGACCGGACUCAACUCGAGCCAGAACGCCUGGCUCUACUGCAACACGGUGGUGCGUCCGUUUGUGCACGAGGUGAAGGAGUUCAUUGAGAAGAACUGCUGCGGCAGCAGCUACAGCCACACCUCUUCAACUGGAACGCCGUCGAGUGACUCCAAGUCCGAAGUCUCGACGUCGAGCAAGCACUCGCAUUCUAGCAGCAUGAUG